AUCGUGGCUAGCGUCACACAGGUGUGCCUCACAGUGCUUGUCUUGCUGCUGCAACUUGACAGCUACUCCUCCGGAGGCGGUCACUCUAAACAAGGCUGCAGCAGCAGGAGGCUGAGCAGAAGGACACUGUAAGGCGAAGCAGCGAACAGAGGGGCAGAGCGCUGGCCCCUGGGGCUCCUGGCUAACCAUGGACGACACCUCCUCUCUGGGCAAAGUGAGCGGCUCUACUGAAUCCGUGGCCACCGUCACCAGCGAGGAGUUUGUGCUGGUGCAGCCGUCCGCCGGAGGAUCCCCCUCGGGCUCAGAGGGCAAGCCCAGACUCAAGAUGUCCUGCAAUGGGAACGAACAGCUGGAGAGAGCCAUGGAGGAGGUGCUGGAUGACGAUGUGGUGAAAGAGGAGAUUAGUGGAGGAGCAGCAGCAGCAGAGGAGAGAACAGAGACUUUUCAGGAGUCAUUGACCUCCACAGCCCCCGGUCCACAGAUACGACCCCAGGGCUUUUCGCUGGACCCCACACCUGCAGUGGAGUCAGUGUGUCCUCCCGCAGGGCAGGGCAGUCCUCCAGUCCAGGAGGAGGAGGACAGUGUUCAGUUCAGUAAACUGUCCUACCUGGGCUGUACGUGGGUGAAGGCCCCUCGCAGUGAGCCUGAGGCCCUGAGAGCCAUGACCACGCUGCGGGCAGAGAGUGCCAUCCCAAUUCCCAUCACCCUCCAUGUGCCCAAUGUACCCGAGGGCUGCGUCAGGAUCGUGGACCAGGCAUCGGGCACGGAGAUCGCUUCUUUCCCCAUCUACAAGGUGCUGUUCUGCUCCCGGGGUCGCGAGGGCUCCAUGGAGAGCGACUGCUUCUCCUUCACUGAGAGCUACCGUAGCUCUGAGGAUUUUCAGAUCCACGUCUUCUCCUGCCAUAUCAAGGAAGCUGUGAGCCGGAUACUGUACAGUUUCUCCACAGCGUUCCGCCGCUCCUCCAAGCCAGCCCCUGACGUGAGGGACUCGGCCCUGCCCCUCUCCCCCGACAGUGACCUCUUCAGCUUCACAGUCUCACUGGAGGUGCGGGAGGACGACAGCAAGGGAAACUAUAGCCCAGUUCCCAAGGACCGGGACAAGUUCUACUUCAAGUUGCGGCAGGGCGUGCAGAAGAAGGUGGUGGUCACGGUCCAGCAGAUGAGCAACCAAGAGCUGGGCAUUGAGAGGUGUUUUGGGAUGUUGCUGAGCCCAGGGCAGAAGGUUCGGAACAGUGACAUGCAUCUUCUAGACAUGGAGUCCAUGGGGAAGAGCUCGGAUGGAAAGUCGUAUGUGAUCACGGGCACAUGGAACCCCAACAUGGCUGCCUUCCAGGUGCUGAAUGAAGACACACCUAAAGAUAAGCAAGUGUACAUGACCGUUGCGGUGGACCUGGUGGUGACUGAGGUGGUGGAGCCGGUGCGCUUCCUGCUGGAGACCCUGGUGCGCGUCUACCCGGCCAAUGAGCGCUUCUGGUACUUUAGCCGCAAGGCCUUUAGCGAGACCUUCUACCUCAAACUCAAACAGGGUGGUGAAAAGGGUGGCCAGGGUGAUGCCAUGUUGGAGGUGGUGAGCCUGCAGAAGGAGACUGCGAGGAGCAACGGGGGACGAGGCCGUCUGGCCUCUCCGGCUGAGGAAGAGGAGCCUGAGGAAGAUAGUGACAGCGAGAUCUCCAGUGGGACCGGCGAUGUGUCCAAAGACUGCCCUGAGAAGAUUCUGGAGUCCUGGGGUGGAAUCCUCAACAGAUGGCAUGGGAACCUGUCUGUGCGGCCUAAGGGCCUGACGACGCUGGUGAAGCCUGGGGUCCCUGAGGCCCUCAGGGCUGAGGUCUGGCAGCUCCUCUCAGGCUGCCAAAGUGACCAGGACCUGCUGGAUAAAUACCGCAUCCUCAUCACCAAGGACUCUGCCCAGGACGGAGUGAUCACCAGAGACAUCCACCGGACGUUCCCUGCUCACGACUACUUCAAAGACACUGAUGGAGACGGGCAGGAUUCCCUUUACAAGAUCUGUAAGGCCUAUUCAGUCUACGAUGAGGAGAUUGGCUACUGUCAGGGACAGUCUUUCCUGGCUGCUGUACUACUACUGCAUAUGCCUGAGGAGCAGGCAUUCUGUGUGCUGGUGAAGAUCAUGUAUGAGUAUGGCCUGAGGGAGCUCUACAAGAAGAACUUUGAGGACCUGCACUGCAAGUUCUACCAGCUAGAACGACUGCUUCAGGAGCAGCUCCCAGACCUGUGGUCCCACUUCCAGGAGCUGAGCCUGGAGGCCCACAUGUAUGCGUCUCAGUGGUUCCUCACACUCUUCACCGCCAAGUUCCCCCUCUGCAUGGUCUUCCACAUCACCGACCUGCUACUGUGUGAGGGCCUGAACAUCAUCUUCAAUGUGGCGCUGGCUCUUCUCAAGACGUCUAAGGAAGACUUGCUCCAGGCUGACUUUGAGGGAGCACUGAAGUUCUUUAGGGUCCAGCUGCCGAAGCGCUACCGGGCUGCGGAAAACGCUCGCAGGCUCAUGGAACAGGCCUGUAGCAUCAAGGUGCCCACCAAGAAGCUGAAGAAGUUUGAGAAGGAGUACCAGACCCUGAGAGAGAGCCAGCUGCAGCAGGAGGACCCCAUCAACCGCUACCAGAGAGAGAACCGUCGUCUACAGGAGGCCAGUAUGCGUCUGGAGCAGGAGAACGAUGACCUGGCCCACGAGCUGGUCACCAGUAAGAUCGCCCUGCGGACCGACCUGGACCAGGUGGAGGACAAGGCAGACGUGCUGAACAAGGAGCUGCUCUGCACCAAACAGCGCCUGGUGGAGACGGAGGAGGAGAAGAGGAGGCAGGCGGAGGAAACCGCACAGAUCAAAGAGGUGUUCAGGAGAGAGCUGGAGAAAGCUGAGUCGGAGAUCAAGAAGACCACGGUCAUCAUCACUGAAUACAAACAGAUCUGUUCUCAGCUCAGCACCCGGCUGGAGAAGCAACACGCUGUCACCAAGGAGGAGCUGGACAUCAUCAAGAGUAAGGUGAUGGCGUGUGAGCGCUGCAGGGAGGUGUUCAGUAAAGAAGGUCCUCUGCAGAUACCCCCUCCCAGCAGAGACAACAGGGACAGUGAGCUGGAUGAGGAGAAGGACUCCCUGAAGGCCCAGCUCAGAGAACUGGAGCUAGAGCUGGCCCAGACCAAACUACAGCUAGUGGAGGCCAAGUGCAAGAUGCAGGAGUUGGAGCACCAAAGGGGCAUCCUGAUGAACGAGAUCCAAGCGGCCAAAAACUCCUGGUUCAGCAAGACCCUGGGCUCCCUGAAAAGCUCCGGGGGCAGCGCCUCCCAGUCCCAGCCCCCCUCCUCCCCCAAAGAGGGGCCCCCAUAAUCCCCUACAGAGACCAACCUGUCUGGGGGGGGGGGGGGGGUCUACUACAGUAUGCACAGGAGAGCUUAUGAACACUAGCUAAAUACCACCUGAGACAAUGCAGUAUUUUGUUUCCGGGGAGGGGAAGGGGUAGCCACAGAACAAAGUUCGUCCUCGACACAUCUUCCUCUCUCUCAAGCCACUCCACUGGACCAGCCACCCUCAGUCACUUCUUCAAUUCAGCUUUGAUGAGACUUGACUGUGUCACGUGUCAUCCUUCGUGGUGUGUGAAACCAAGAUGGAGAAUGACUGAUAAAUCUAGUGGGUUGUCAUUUACACUGUAGGCCGGGGCUCAGAAUUCUCUUCAGCAAAAUGGGGUCUUUGAAGUGAGAGGAUAGCAGAGUACUAUAGGAACUCUGUAGGUCCUUAGCAGCGCCAUAGUGGACAUUCACUACAGCAACGCCACCUAGUGGUUAUGUAUCGCUACUGCUGAGUUUAGCUUAUCAGCAGGACAUGUGGCUAACUGAUAGGCUGAGAACUUUAACAAACCUAAAUGCUUUGGCAGUCUUGACCCCGACUUGCAAGGAUUGCGAAGCAGUUACCGGCAGUAGUUUACCUUCUUCAUUUUAGGAAUAUAUAUUCGCUGCUUAAAAAAAGGAAACUACUUAUACAAGCAUCUUUUGCAUAACAUAUCUGUACCGCAUUCCAAAAGCGGAUACUACAUUCACAAUCUAAAAACAAAAUCAUGUUUGUUCUUUAUAGUAAUAUUACAUAAACUAUGUUGUCCUAUAAAUAUGUCUAACUAAUUAUUGGUCAUUUUUAAUCUUGUACAGUUCUAAAACAAAAAAGGAAGAAGUGCCCUGUACAUAUUUUUUUUUUUUACUGUUUAGAAUCUGAAUGUCGUCUUUGUAGAUGUUGACAUAAUUAAGCACAGUGUGUAAGGUCUGAGGUAAACUGCGUGACUAACGUCUGUGUCCACUCGUUUUGGAAAUGGAGCGUUCCCGGUAAGAACGAGGUCUCCGUCCUCGCUUAAGGAAACUCUCGGGCCAAAGAGUUUUAACCGGAAGACCGGAGGUAACCUAACUAAUGUGAUGGCUACAGUACGUUUUAGGAAUGACCCCCCCCCCCCAUCUCUUCUUUUGGCAGCAGUGAUCUGACUCUACUUUGCUGCUUUAACUGGACCCAACAGCUACUUUACAAAGCCAGACACUCGCCUAACCAUGUCCUGUGAAUUGGGGCAGUAUAAUGUACUACAGACACGGUUUUCUAUUGCAUAUGAAACGUCAUGAUGAUCCAAUUAAAUCGCACAAUAGUAUUUCACACCUCUGAUCAUCAUUUUGAUGAUGAGGUGAACAACAUUCCAAAACGUCUAUCCAAGCCAAGGUGCCCAUGUGGUUAACUAAUAUGUUGGAAAGCCUUUCUCAAUAGCAAUGCCAAUGUGGUUAACUAAUAUGUUGGAAAGCCUUUCUCAAUAGCAAUGCCCAUGUGGUUAACUAAUAUGUUGGAAACUCUCUCAAUAGCAAUGCCCAUGUGGUUAACUAAUAUGUUGGAAACUCUCUCAAUAGCAAUGCCCAUGUGGUUUAGCAUAUGUUGUAAAGCCUUUCUCAAUAGCAAUACCCAUGUGGUUUAGCAUAUGUUGGAAAGCCUUUCUCAAUAGCAAUGCCCAUGUGGUUUAGCAUAUGUCGGAAAGCCUUUCUCAAUAGCAAUGCCCAUGUGGUUUAGCAUAUGUUGAAAAGCCUUUCUCAAUAGCAAUACCCAUGUGGUUUAGCAUAUGUUGGAAAGACUUUCUCAAUAGCAAUGCCCAUGUGGUUUAGCAUAUGUUGAAAAGCCUUUCUCAAUAGCAAUGCCCGGUCAUUACACUCAGUUUCUAGAGCCAUAUAAAUGGCCGUUUUUUUCUGUCUCAUACCACUGCUUUGUGUAUACCUGUAUGAAUUCACAAAGUGUGUGUCCAGCACUGACUAGUUCCGGUUGAAAUUGUUUCCUUCCUUUUUUUCGACUAAGCAGUGACUAUUUCUUUUUUUUUCUAAAGCCCAGAUCCAUGUAAACGAAAGAAUCGGAAGAAAGCAAUCUCAAUAUAUUAUACUCUGAAAGGAUCGUCACCUGUGCCAUGAUGACAUACCUGCCCGCCAUUUUAAGAGCAGGAUACUACUACAGAGGGAUCCGGGUCACGUCCCAUUUGUCUUAACCUGCUUCCUUUCCUCACCUCCAUUCCUUCGUGAACACUGAUCUGAAAAACCUUGACGGUUGAUUGAAAGUAAUAUGAUGCUGUCCAGGCGUUUCAAAUAUUAGUGGUUACAAUGGAAAGGUAAAGACAUAAGGAAGCCAGUAAAGAGUAGUUUAGGACACAGCCAUGUUUUUCGUAUGUGUCACGUGAUGGAUUUCAAGGCGCUUUAGCCAGUGUCAUAUCAAGUUUAACGAGGUCCAGGCCUCAGUGUGUGUCAUGUGCACUAACAUUAAUAUCUUAAACACUAUUUUAAAUGUUAAUUUUGUUAUUCAGAGAACAAAUCUACUUUCUUUUGUUAUAAUUCCUAUUUUUUCUGUUGUUGAGAAGACAGUGGGCAAAUUAUAAUCCAACUACAACGAUGCAAAAAUAACUUCAGAUUCACAAUAUUGUACAGUAAACUAUACUUCAACAGUUGUUCUGCUUUAGUUUCCAACAUGUUGGAGUUGUUUCUCCAUUUUCCUCGUCAUUCCCACGUGAAUCAGUGACAUGCUCGAACUCUAAUGGUAUUUUCUGUACUGUAAUCGACUGACGUACAUCAAUAAAAUUCCGUUCUCUGUCCACCAA